AUGAUAAUGCCACCGGAUAAUGAUUUUGAUACAAGUUCAUUACAACGCUGUCGCGAUAUACUUUAUAUCAAUGUUUUCGAUGAAAUUGAACUCGACCUACCAAAAACAGACCGUGAACGAGAUCAAAUUAUACGAAAACGUAUUGUACGAAAUUGGCUUGGAUCAAUCAAAAUUCCAUUUAGCAAUAUUUAUAUUAAUCAACGAUUAGAAGGUAACUAUUGUUUGAGUGUACCAAAUCCAUUGAUAGGCUACGCAAGAGUCAAAUUAAGUCAACUGAGGAAUAAUAAUCAGUCUAAAGCAGUACCACCAUCAACUAGUGUACUUCGUAUGUUUGUUACAAUGGAACCACUUUUAGCAACACCUGAACCAAUGCAACAAUCAUUCGAUAGUACGGAAUCACUUGACCUACUUAAUCAUGCUCGAUCAUGGGUUGAACAAUUAAAUAAGAAAUUUCCUGAUCGAGAAUAUAAAGCUACAGUAUCAGAUAUAAAUGGCCGAGCAGUAUUUAUACCACGGUUUAUUCAUCGAUUACCAUUACCACCACUGGUUACAACAGGGAGUGCUGAAGGAGAUAGUCAAAUACAAUGUCAACGUUUGGCUCGUUUUGUUUCAUUAAUUCCAUUUCUCGCUGAUGCAAUUACUUUUCCAGGAAUAUGUGAUAUAUGGGAAACAUCUGAUCAAUUUUUACGUACAAUGGCUGGCGAUGACGAAGAACAUGCUGUCUUAUUAAAUAAUUACUUUUUAUCAUUAAAUAGAAAAACUUGGAUUGCUCUAGGUACUUCAAUCUAUAGUGGUCCAGUUUGGUUUGUUUUAACAAAAGAAGAUUCACAACGUUAUCCGACUUGUUGGAAUGUAUCAGAUGGACAGAAUACAUCAACAAUUGAAACAUGGAAUCCAAUUCGAAGUAUAUAUUUAUUAGCCAAUGAAGAAAAUAUUUGGGCUAAUAUACAAGAACAAGAUGUACCAUCAAGAAUGAAUUUCGAUGUGAGUAAUACAAAACACUGGCGACCAUUUUUUGAUCGGUCAUUUCCACGUAAUAGUUUAAGUUGGACUUCUGUUCAGCCAAAUGAUUUACAUUAUGAAGUGACACAAAGUCAAGAUGUUGUUACUCUUGAAAAACAUAUCUUUGAAGUAAUACGUGAUAAAUCUCCUGAUUGGCGUGCAUCAAAUAUUACACCUUGGCAUUAUGGUUGCCAAAAACGACUUCAAGAAAUUCUUAAAACUAAAGAAGAGAGUUUCAUAUUAGGAUUGGCACCUAGUGGAGGAGACAUUGAAGCUGAAUUAACAGAAUUUCAAAGCACACAUGAUAUCACUGGCUUCUCAAUUCAAAUGCCGUACUCUACUAUACAAGCAGUAGUUGAUACGGUUUAUUCAACGAAACUCUUUGAACAUGCAACAAAUGAUAUUCAAUUUGCAUUAGCUGUUCAUGUACAUGCCUAUCCAAAUAAUAUACUGGCUGUCUGGGUUUAUGUAGCACACUUAACAAGAAAGACAACUCUUUAA